AUGCGGCCAGUCCCGACUGUUCAAUGGCUGCGCCUGGCCUUGGUCCUGGCCCUGGCCCUCGUUGGCCUCUUGUCUACGGGCUGGGCCUUCGCCCGCACCCCCAUCUAUGUCAGCAGCUGGGCCGUGCGGGUGUCCCAGGGUUACCAGGACGCCGAGCGCCUGGCGCGCAAAUUCGGCUUCGUCAACCUGGGGCAGAUCUUCCCUGACGGGCAAUACUUCCACCUGAAGCACCGGGGCGUGGUCCAGCAGUCCUUGACCCCACACUGGGGCCACCGCCUGCGCCUGCAAAAAGACCCCAAGGUGCAGUGGUUUGAGCAGCAGAAGUUGCAGCGGCGAGUGAAGCGCUCCUUGGUCCGGCCCAAGGACCCCUGGUUCUCCAAACAGUGGUACAUGAACAACCAGGUGAGGCCGAAUUUGAACAUCUUGCCCGUCUGGAGUCAGGGGCUGACGGGCCAAGGCGUUGUGGUCUCCGUGCUGGACGACGGCAUUGAGAAGGAUCACCCAGACCUCUGGGCCAACUACGACCCCCUGGCCAGCUACGAUUUUAAUGACUACGAUCCAGAUCCCCAGCCUCGAUACACAGCCAAUGACGAGAACCGGCACGGGACCCGCUGUGCUGGGGAAGUGGCAGCCGUUGCUAACAAUGGUUUCUGUGGCACAGGCGUCGCCUACAAUGCUCGAAUUGGAGGCGUGCGUAUGCUGGACGGCACGAUCACAGACAUCAUUGAGGCACAGUCCCUGAGCCUGAUGCCACAGCACAUAGACAUCUACAGUGCCAGCUGGGGCCCUGAGGACGACGGUCGCACAGUGGACGGCCCAGGAAUCCUCACCCGGGAGGCCUUCCGUCGUGGCGUCACCACGGGCCGAGGAGGACUGGGCACUCUCUUUGUCUGGGCAUCGGGGAAUGGCGGUUUGCACUAUGACAACUGUAACUGCGACGGCUACACCAACAGCAUCCACACACUGUCGGUGGGCAGCACCACCAAGCAGGGCCGUGUGCCCUGGUACAGCGAGGCCUGUGCCUCCACGCUCACCACCACCUUCAGCAGUGGCGUGGUCACUGAACCACAGAUUGUCACCACAGACCUGCACCACCGCUGCACAGAGAAGCAUACGGGCACCUCGGCUUCUGCCCCACUGGCUGCAGGCAUGAUCGCUCUGGCUCUGGAGGCCAAUCCCCUGCUGACUUGGAGGGAUAUGCAGCACCUGGUGGUCCGUGCAUCCAGGCCAGCGCAGCUCCAGGCAGAGGACUGGAGGACUAACGGUGUGCGACGCCGAGUGAGCCACCACUACGGCUACGGUCUGCUGGACGCUGGGCUGCUGGUGAAGUUGGCACGCACGUGGCAGCCCACACAGCCCCAACUGAAGUGCAUCCUCCACAUUCUUCACAGACCCAUCACCAUCCUACCACAGACUGAGGUGCCGAAGAACGUGUCGGCCUGCGCUGGCCACGCCAACGCCAUCCGCUCACUGGAGCAUGUACAGGUGCGGCUGUCGCUGACCUACAGCCGCCGAGGGGACCUGGAGAUCUCACUGGUCAGCCCCAUGGGCACCCGCUCCACACUCGUGGCCAUCAGGGACGCUGUACCGCUACACGCUGCUGUUAUAUGGGACGGCUGA